AUGGGUAGCGAAGAGGAGGAGGACGAACGUAGGACCGUGGUCGUUCAAGCGGUGGCAGCUUGUGUGGCAGCGGUUGGAGAAUACUGCCGAGCUUACAUGUUUAAACAACCGACACGUUUUGGGGAUGAUGAGCGGGCAAGGUUCAUCAACUCGAUUAUUCGGGCCACUGAUCGGGACUGUGUUACCCAACUCAGGAUGAGUCGAGAAGCAUUUUUCUUACUAUGUUCUCAACUCCGUGAGAAGACACUUCUUUGUGAUAGUCGAAACGUCAGUCUUGAAGAACAAGUCGUUAUUUUUCUUCAUACGGUGGGCCAUAAUGUUCGCAAUCGUGUCAUAGGGCAUCGUUUCAUUCGUUCGGGCGAAACGGUUAGCCGGCAUUUUCAUCGCGUUCUUGAUGCGGUGGUAUCACUGUACCCUGUUUACGUGAAACAGGCCGGACAAGAGCCACCCACCGACCUUCAAACAAAUCAAAAUUGGGCUUCAUAUUUCCAGGACUGUGUUGGUGCAAUUGACGGUACACAUAUUCCAGCGCAUGUUCCAGCACUCGAUCAUGCUUGCUUCCGCAACCGAAAAGGAGCUUUGUCCCAAAAUGUUCUUGCAGCCUGCUCAUUUGAUAUGAAAAUAUUGUAUCUGUUAGCCGGUUGGGAAGGUUCUGCAUCAGACGCGAGGGUGCUACACAAUGCAUUGACUCGAACCGAUGAUCCUUUGACGGUCCCAAAUGGAAAAUUUUACAUAGUCGACGCUGGAUAUGCCCAUUCGCCAGGAUUUAUGGCUCCUUACCGCGGUGUUCGAUACCAUUUGCAAGAGUAUCGAAGUGGCAGAGCACCGUCGAACAUGAGGGAGCUGUUUAAUUAUCGUCAUGCCCAGGCGCGGAAUGCAAUUGAACGUUGUUUUGGCUUAGUGAAGGGUAGAUUUCCGAUAUUGAAGACGGCAAUCCAAUAUGCAUUUGAAACACAAGUGAAAGUGGUCAUUGCUUGCUUUGUCUUACAUAAUUUCAUUCGAUCUGAUAUUGAUUGCGGUGAAGAUCUACACGCUGCUGGUAUAUCAGUAGGCGAGGUGGAGGGUAAUCCUACACCCACCGAGGUCUCCACGCAUGACGAGCAACAGUGUUUAUUUCGAUCGAAUCAAGUGGAGAAAGAAGCGUGGAUUAGGGUGCGCGAUGCCAUCGCAGAGCGAAUGUGGGCAGAUGCGCAAUGUAAUAGUAGGAUAAGAUAG